GGAGCCAUGGGUAACCGUGUCACCCGCGAGGACUUCGAGUGGGUCUACACGGAGCAGCCCCACACGCAGCGCAGGAAGGAGAUCCUGGCAAAAUAUCCAGAGAUCAAGACUCUGAUGGGACCAGAUCCACAUUUAAAGUGGAUUGUAUCUGGAAUGGUUUUCAUGCAGUUUCUAGCAUGCUACCUGGUGAAAGACUUAUCUUGGAAAUGGAUUUUCUUCUGGGCUUAUGGUUUUGGGGGUUGCAUCAACCAUUCACUGACCCUAGCCAUCCAUGAUAUUUCACACAACGUCGCCUUUGGGAAUAAGCAGGCCAAGUGGAACCGAUGGUUUGCAGUCUUUGCCAACUUGCCGAUUGGCAUCCCUUAUUCUGCCUCUUUCAAGAAGUACCACAUUGACCAUCAUCGGUACCUUGGUGGGGAUAGCCUGGACGUGGACAUUCCCACAGACUUUGAGGGUUGGUUCUUCUGCACACCACUUCGGAAACUGCUUUGGCUUUUCCUCCAACCGCUGUUCUAUAGUCUGAGACCACUGUAUGUGAACCCCAAAGCAAUUACACGGAUGGAAAUUUUUAAUGCUCUCGUCCAGUUUUCUAUAGACCUUAUAAUUUACUACCUUUGGGGGCUCAAACCUAUUAUUUACUUAAUAGCAGGUACGAUUCUUUGCAUGGGUGUACAUCCCAUUUCUGGGCACUUCAUAGCAGAACACUACAUGUUCUUAAAAGGGUAUGAGACAUACUCUUAUUAUGGACCUCUGAACUGGCUCACCUUUAACGUAGGCUACCACAUGGAGCAUCACGACUUCCCCAGCAUUCCCGGAUGCAGAUUGCCAAUGGUGAAAAAGAUUGCAGCAGAAUAUUACGAUAACCUCCCACAUCACCAGUCCUGGAUUCGAGUUCUGUGGGACUUUGUGUUUGAUGACGCUAUUGGUCCUUAUUCAAGGGUUAAGAGACUAUGCAAGCUGGCAAAAGAAAGCUAACGGACUAGCUCCGCCUGCUGCAUUGGUGUUUUGUUUGUUCAUUUGAAUGACUGGAGUUUUCUGCAGAAGUAGAAGGAUGUUUGUGUGUGCUGAAUUAGCGUUGGUGCAUGCUCCUUAGACCAAGAGGAUGAAUGUGAAAAUGAAGCAAUUGGAUGCACUAUUUUAGACUAUUGAUACUUUUUAAUAAAGGAUAUUUGCGUAUGUAACCCUGAGAAACUAGAUUAGAGUGAGCUAUGAUUAUAUGAACCUUUGGUCUAGGCUUAGAAUUAACUUCCUGGGCCACGUGUGCCUAAGUCUGCAAUGGAGAAUGCUUGGUGCGUGUAUGUGUGAGCAUGCAUGUGCGUAGUUCAGGACUGGUUUCUCUUCAUGCCAGAUUAGGUGUAGAUGCUCUGCGUGCACAGGACUGUGGAAGCAGGGGGAGGACUGGCACGCAGUAGUAAAUGAUACUUUCUGGAGAACACAGGGGUGCCUUUAGCUCAAUGUCUUAUCUAAUACCUUCUGAUAAUUGCUGGUAGCAGAGGUUUUAUAUAUGCAAUGGAGUAUGUGUAUAUUUUUGUACAUUUGUAUCAUUAUUUUAGCAGCUGCUGUUUGACCUUUAUUCAAGGCUUUGUCUAAACCUUUUCUGAAUGCAUUUCUGUUCUUAGGAUCUAAUACUCAGUGUAGCUAACUGGCAGAGCUGAACUGUGGCGUGGAGAAACCCUUCCUUUAGUCUUCCACUCGCUGCCUGAUCAGCAGCAUGGAUGCGCUCCUGGAGGAACUGGGUGGUCCUUUCUCACUCACCUUUUCAACAGUAUUCAUGUUUCUCAUCCUUUUCCUCACUGUAAGUUCUUCAGGGAAUUACAUUAAAAUUACAAAAUUUUAAUUGCUGCUUGCCAAGGUUGUUAAUAUUCCUGAUCACUUUUCUUGGUCUUCUCUAUAUUAUACCCCUUUCUGUGAAUAGGAGCUGGGAGUAUGUGUCAGUGAAGACAUGGAGACCUUAUAGUGAUAUUUGUUACUAACUGCUUUCAGAAAAAUUGUAACUUUUUUCCUCUGUCAUUCAAGGGGCACCAACUUGACAUUUGGGAAGCACAUGAUACUCCAGCUAUAUAGAAGUUGCCACUGAUGGCGUUAAGGGGAUAUACCUGGAACAUGGAUCUGGGGUUGCUUCACUCCCUACGUGUCUUACUUUGUGCUAUUGACAUUAACUUUCAUCUGUCAUUUCUACCCGCCGGAACAGUUAAAUAUUCCUGCCUGUCCUCUCCACCUAUAAACUUCUGGCUAUCCUCAAUAAUUCUGUAUCAUCAAAAAACUUCAUCACCAUGCCUUUCUCCAAGCAGAACGAUAUUUUGGGAGUCGGGAGUUCAGAUGCCAUCUAAUAACUUCCCUCCACCCUGGAAAGCUGACAACUUACGUCUGUCCUUACUAAGUGGUUAAUAGAGAGAUCUAUAAAGGUCCUCUUAUACUCUAACCCUCUAACAGUUUAACAACUUUGUUUUCUUCUGGAAAUCC